CUGUGUCUGAGCUCAGCAACCCAGUCCUUUGCUGCGCGUGAUACCGAAAAGCCGUGGGAGCCGCGUUUCCACUUCUCCAUCGCAAUCCUUUCCCUGCUUUUCGAUAUCGAACCAUGUUUAAUUUUUUUUUCCCUCUACCCAUUUCGUUCCAAGCUAACCAAGCGAUCCCACAAAACCCCUCCUUAUCCCGCCCCGUGAUGCUAGGAAUGGCACGCUUUAUGGGAGCUUUUGGAGUCCUGUCGGGGAUAGGCGAUCAGAGAUCGGGGCCUGAUUGGCCAAAGACCCAAGGAGGAGGUGCAUUCGCCCCGCCAAAUGAGACACAUCGUUGGAAGGUGACACACCAUGUUCACCUCACAAGGCAACGCCUCAUCAUGGUUGGCACUACACCGAUGACUGUGUCUGAUAUUGCGAGAGUGGCAUGCGAGACAUGCCAACCAUUUCCGGUGAGAGGGUGUAGUCAUCACCGGCUUGGUAUAUAGCCAAGGCAUGCUCGUUCGUAUUCAGCUCGUCAGUCUACCCAGUUGUCUCUUCAGGUUCUAUACAUACAGCAGCAGGAGAACGUCGGUUUCUGGUUGUGUCUGACACCCCAUUUUCUGACAGAUUUGUUAUCUUGAGCCGGCCAAGCCGGCGUCGGGUUUCCUCUCUUGUCACCGCAUAUCUUUUGGUGGCAUUUCCUUUGGGGGUGUGGUGCAAAGGUUCAUAUAUAACAGCAGUCUCGUCUCUACUCUCGUGAAGGAUCAUCCUCUUCACCACGACCAACACAAUGCCUUCUUCUCAACCCAUUCGCCGUGGAGCUCUUCGUGACUCCUGGCCGCCUACUCAGCUAAGAAUCGACUAUGGCGACUUUCACGAUGUCGACCUAUCCAACAUCGACCAAGACCCCCUCACUUACUUCCUCACGCCCACACCUGCCGCCAAUGCGGUUGACGACGACGACAUGGAUUUCGACAUGGACUUUGACGCCGGCAUCGAGGACACCAAACGCCCAGCGCCCAUCGUGAGAAGUGUUAGCCCAUCCAGCCUCGACGGCCUCAGCCUCCCGCCCCCUCGGCCGCCAACACCACCCAAGUCGUCGACUCCCGAGCUCGAGUUUGAUGGGUAUCCUACGCCCGAGGACAAAGAGGAUUACAUGCACCUUGCAGCCGCUGCAUUCGACUUGCCUGUUCUUCGCCUGAAGGACCUGACCAAGAAACCCAAGAUGAGGUUUUCUUCGGGCCACAGUAACAGCAACAGCCGCCCAAACAGCAGACUGGACAACUACAGGGGUACCUCUACGGCUGACUAUGAUUUGCCCCUGACGCCUCCCUCUCCAUCUUAUAGCCACUUCGCCAACCGGGGUCGGCCAUUAACCCGGCCUGGUCCACGAACGAUGUUCAGACCAUUCCGUCGGUCACCGCACUCUUGGCGUGAGCCUAGCCCGGAUGUUUGGGCUAUCGAGGAGGAGACGGAUGAGGAGCUUCACGAAAGCGAGAUGAGUGACGGCCAUCACGCGGAGCAGAAGUAUGCUGGUGCCAGGAACAUUGAGUCACCGUCAACGGCUUCAAAGGGAAAGAAGAGGGUUCGGUUUGCGCUGCCCUUUGAGCAGUGAUUCACAGCUUGUGUUUGGAUUGCAUCAUUUCGCUAUCUCUACUUUGUACAUUUCCUUCACAUGGUCUAGGGUGGGAGGAUAUCAUCAUUUGCAUUUGGAGGGCACAUUAGCAUUUUCUCAUGGUUGGAUAACGGCGUUGGUGGAUUAGGUCCUGUUCCUAUACCCUUCUGCACAUUCGUUUCUGGAACUUUGCAUCAGGGAAAUCAUUGGGCGACAUCAUGUACGGAGUACUGCAUUACCUAGGUAUCACAACAGGGUGGAAUAAGAAGGAAGAGAUGGGAGAUGGCCAUGGACUUUUCUGACAUGCCAGCGGUAUACCAUAGUUGGCUAGUUAUGUGGGUGUGAGUGACUGGCCAGGGUCUGUCUUUGUUUUCAUAGGAGAUGGGGCGGAGGACAUACGAGUUAGAUACUUACUUGAGGUUCACACCUCACGGCUUUCUGUUCUGCUCAAAUUCAAUGAAUCAAGUACACCGUACUGACGGAUUUCUAACCUCCAUGUGUCGAUAUUUAC